AAGUGGUGGGCACAUAUCUUGUUGAACGGUGGUUACUGUUAUAGGCUAAGGCUGAGUCCCUUCACCGCCACUAACAAACUUGCUCGGCUUCCACUAAUGGCUGCUUUCUCUGUGACCGCCACCACUUCACCUUCUUCAUGCCUUCUUCAACGACGUCGUUUCUCCACCCCUUCUUUCUAUCUACAUGGCUCACCACGGCCACAAAAUAAGAAAAUUGGGAUUUUCGGACCAUUUUCCUUCAAUUUGAGGAGUCAAUCAAGAUGCAAUGGAAGCGAUGAAAGACACUGGUGAAACUGAUAGCCUCAUAGGUGUGCUCGGAGAAACAGAUUCUCACCAAGAUGGAAGUAGAACUAUUCCCAAGGUGCGGAAUGAAAGUAUUGAAGCAUGGUCACAAUUUGCUAAAAGAGCAUCUGGCGAAUGGGAUGGAUUUGGAGCAGACUUUAGUAAUGAAGGGAAGGCAAUUGAACUGCCGGAGUCGGUAGUGCCUGAAACAUACCGGGAGUGGGAGGUUAAAGUAUUUGAUUGGCAGACUCAAUGCCCCACUCUCGCUGAACCAGAGGAACGUGUUCUUCAAUACAAAUCCAUUCAGUUACUUCCAACUGUAGGAUGUGAGGCUGAUGCUGCUACACGGUACAACGUGGAUGAGAGGAAAGUGGGAGGGGAAAAUAAUGGACUUACUGCCUUUGCUUACCAAUCCAGUGGUUCUUAUGUUGCUAUCUGGCAAAAGAAGGAUAACUUAUUAGAGUUGGAGUACUGCUUGAUCAAUCCUCAAGAUUGUGAAUCUCGGGUUAGGAUUAUUCAGCUUAUUGAUGUAUUAAAUAACACAGAGAUUGUGCUAAAGGGUAUUAAAGUGUAUCGUGAGCAGUGGUAUGGGCCAUUCAGAAAUGGUGAUCAACUAGGAGGUUGUGCUAUCCGUGAUUCGGCAUUUGCUUCUACUGCACCCAUGAAUGCUUCAGAUGUUACUGGUAUCUGGAAGGGAUCUAAAGCUGUCGCCACUUUCGGCACUCCAAACACUGAGAUAUUUCAAGAGCUUUUUGAUGGCAAAGUGCAGAACUCUGUCAGAGAUGGAGAUAACAAUAUAUUGCUUCCUAAGCAGCUGUGGUGUUCUCUUAAACAAAGCAAGGAAGGUGAAACUCUAAGUGAAGUGGGAUGGCUUUUAGAUCAUGGGCAGGCAAUCACAUCAAGCUGCUUAUUCUCAAGCACUGCAAAGCCACAGGAAAUAUCAAUAGCAUUAGAAACUAGAGCCUUGGAAUAUGCAUAGCCUUAGUGGCAAUCCAUUCUGAUCCAAAAAUAUUUACAUUCCUAAAAGGUAGUACUAUCCAAGGUGAUUUAUUCAAGUACGAAUAAUGUUAUUUGCACUACAAAUUUUAUAACUAAGAGAGAAAAAGAGAAAAGUAUGAGAUGUAAUAAAUAAUGUGUUAGAGAAAGAUAAAGACAACAAAUGCUGUAUAAAUUGUUAUAUAUUUUUUAUCAGUGUAUAAAUAUGACAAUUUUGUAGCAAAAAAUGUGUUUUUUUUUUUAAAAUCAUUCAUUUUAACUCAUG